GGAGGCGAAGCGAUGGAGGAGAGCGAGCAGCUGCGGCGCCAGAUCCGCCUCCUGCAGGGGCUUAUCGAUGACCAUAAAAAUGUCCAUGGGAACGCGCCAGUCCCCCAGCCUGCUCCGGUGCCCCGAUGGAGGAAUUCUCGGCCGCCUUCAUUCAGCAACCCAGCCGUUUUCUCUGCUCGAUAUCCCCAGCCAGCCCAAAGGGAUUUCCAGCCUCGCCCUCCCAAUGCCUGGAGAAAGAAAUACUCUCUCGUCAACGUGCCACCGAGGCCCAUGCUGAAUCCUGGCGGCGGCAGUGUUUCAGCCGGCAAUUCCGGGGUUGUCCUGAGCCACGGAAACAGCAAGGCAGCUGAGCCCCAGCCGGUGCCUUCAGCGAGAAGAGUAGGCGUGGCCGCAGAUGGGAACAUCAUUGUCGGGGUGCAGGCGAGCUCAGUCGUAAGAAACGCCGCGGUCCCCGCGUCCCAGGGUGGUCCUUCCAAAGCAGCAGGGGACCCGUCGACUUCCAGAAGCUGUGAAAUCUCUGCUUUGAUUCCGGGCAUUCCCUCCAGAGAGAGCAAGCCGAAGCCUCUCUUGGCAGUGCCACGCCUGCUGCAUCACCGGACUGUCGCUAGGAGCAAGGACGAUUCUCUUUCGGUGCGCGUCGCUGUGCCCUCGAGGACAGUUCAGGGCGCGACUGAAUCGGCCCCAGAUUCGUGCAGGACGAUAAGCGAGCGAGCCAUUGCGUUGAAAACGGGCCCUCAGCGCCCUCUGACCUUGCCCGGGCGUGAAUCCGGGAGCCUUUCAGCAAGGAAGAACCCAGCAUCCCAGGUUCCAACUUUGCAACGAGCCCCUGCGACAGUGGACAAAUGGAACACCGCGCGGAGGACUGAGGCGCCCGGUGUACUUUCUGGUUCUGCUGGGCACGCCCCUUCAGCUGUUGGGAUGAGUCCCGCUAAAAGCAAACAACUGGUACCUGUUCUCCAGACAGCUCCCAGCUUGCCAGCUCCCGCCAAAUCUCCCAAUUCAGGAAAACCAACUACACAUGGGUGGCCAACCCAAGUAAAAGUUCCCAUGCUUCAAAAAGGUGGUCUGCUUCCAGAGCCUCUGAAAACAGCCAGAAGUUUACUGUGGGGGCAGAGAGAACCUCCAAGUUAGUACCACAGGGGAACCUGGGAGCAAAGCAGAAGAAGUCCAGCAAGUACAAGUGGAAGGCGUCCAGCCUCCGGCUUUCUCUCCCGAUCCGCUUCUGCGUUCACGUGGCAGCGAGAGGAACGUGGCGGGCACAGCGUCGCCCACUUCUCAGGAGACGGCCCUUCCCUUCCGUCGUGGAGCCGAAUGCCUCUUGGUCACGGCGGUCCAAAACCAACCUUUGGGAAUACCAGCUUUCUCAAUUACAAGUUAAAGAGCCGGACCAAAAUCAUCAGGAAGAAGG